AUGGCGAGUCCAACCGCGUUGUCUCACACGCAGCCGAUUCUCAUCAUCGGAGCUGGAGUUUUUGGGUUAUCAACCGCCCUGGAGCUGUCCUCUCGAGGCUACAAAAAUAUCACCGUCCUCGAUCGUUACCCACCACCUGUUCCAGAUGGCAGCAGUGUCGACAUAUCACGGAUCAUUCGAACCGAGUACGCCGAUUCCGUGUAUUCCCAAAUGGCCCAGGAGGCUAUUCACGGUUGGAAGACGAAGUUCAAGGACUAUUACCAUCAUUCUGGCUUUGUCAUGCUGUCGGAGACUACACAGAACCCAUACAUUGAAAAGACGUUGGAAAUCACCCGUGCUCAGGGCAAAUCGCUAGACGAGUUCGUGGAUGGGAAUGGUCUCAAGGAGAUGUAUCCAGAUAUCCGAGCCGACUACCGUACUUUGCGCGCGUAUCACAAUUCUGAAGGAGGCUGGGCAGAUGCGGAAGGCAGUGUACGGUGUCUCAGCCAUCAGUGCAGUCAAGCUGGGGUUUCUUUUAUUACCGGAAAACGGGGGACGGUUCGGUCGCUGCGCAAGACGGGAUCGCGUGUUCUCGGAGUGACUGUGCUCAGUGGGGAGUUUCUACUUGCAUCCCAGGUGAUACUCUGUACAGGUGCCUGGUCCAACCUGUUACUCGAUCUCUCUCAUGCAGCGUCCGCAUCGGGUCAACCUGUGGGUUUCAUCCAAUUGAGCCCCGACGAAGCCCGCAGCAUUCAGAAAAUCCCUGUCAUGAUAAACCUUAGCAGUGGCAUAUUUCUCUUUCCCCCGCAACCGGGAACUAACAUCCUGAAGGUCGCCCGGCACAGCUACGGGUUUGCCACUUCCAUGCGCGCUAUGGAAGACGGCCGUACAGUGUCCUCGCCUAAGCGUGAUUCCAAUAACGCCGUUCGGUCCUUUCUGCCUGACGAAGCAGACAAAGCCCUUCGAGAUGGUCUUAGACAGCUUCUGCCCGAAUUUUCAGAUCACCCUUGGUCGAAUCGUCGAUUGUGCUGGUAUACAGACACCCCGGAGGGAGAUUUUGUGGUCGACUACCAUCCAAUGCUGGAAGGGCUCUUCAUUGCCACCGGUGGGGCUGGGCAUGCCUUCAAAUUUCUACCAAUCCUUGGUCGGUACGUAGCUGAUCGUUUUGAGCAUCGUGUUUCAGAUGCUAUCAGACAGAAAUGGAGGCUUCGUUCAGCAGAAGGAGAGGGGAAUGUUAAGACUGGAGAUGGAAGCCGCGCAGGACCGUCUUUGCGGACAUUGACGCCGGAAGAGCAGAGUAAGCUCUAG